AUGGGCCUUCAUGAAGGCUACGAGGUCAACCUCUGCGUAUCCAGUCGACCGUUGAACUACUUCCGGGAUAAAUUCAAGGGUUGCCCAAGUUUGGCCAUGCAGCAUCUCACUCAACCCGAUAUCGAUCACUAUAUCGAGGUCCGCCUUGGGAGUAGCGAGGCAAUCAAGGAAAUUAAGAGCCUCGAGGAGGAGGCCGUCGAGCAGCUGAUAUUCGACUUGAAAUCAAAGGCUCAGGGUGUUUUCCUCUGGGUCAUUCUUGUCGUCGACCAGCUUCUGUUAACCUGUCGAGACGAGCCACAUAUGAAAGCAGUGAGAAGAGUCUUCGACAGCUUGCCCGAAGACCUGGCUAAACCCUAUGACGCUAUACAGCAACAGACAGGCUUGGAAAGGCUAGUGGGUACGUCGAAAUUGUACCAGCUGCUAAUGGAAUGGAAGCGAUUUUCGAACCAUCAGAUGGAGUCUACCUUUCUCUGGCUCGCAGCCAUAUACGACAUCAAUCAGCCUCAGUAUCCAACUCCAGAGAAAGAGUUACUCAUGGUCAAGAUAACCAAACCACUUGUCGAGGGGCAUACGCGCGGCAUCCUGCAGGUGCUGAGCCCCGUUUCGUAUGGCAAGCCGGCCACGAUCGACUUCCUCCACAAAACUGCCUAUGAGUGGAUUCAACAACCAGACAAUUGGCGUCGCAUUAUAGCAUGCGGUCCUCCGAAUUAUCAUCGUGACUCGAGCCGCGUACGUUCCAGAAUACUCCAGAUGCUCGCGCGCAAGCUCGUUUCCAUCAUUGACAAGCUCAACGAGAAACACCUGAAAUUCAAAACAGGGUCCUCAACGCCAGUUCAGAAUUCGACGCAGAGAUCCUUAACCUGGGCCGCCGCAUGGGGUUGCCAUGCAUAUCUUCAAGGUAAAUUGGACCUCUCAGGUACAAUAUCCCAGACAACACACGAGAAGCAUCGCUUCUUCUUCCCCAGCCGAAAGGUUCGGGAUGUCGAUGUAAAAAGCUCACUCCUCGAGGCAGCCAUCUUCGACUUCGAUCAGUUUGGGACCGGGCCGCUAGACGCCUGGAGUGCAACCCAACGGCUAAAGACAAUCAAAGUGCUACUUCUGCGGGGCGCACGGAUUGAGAGAUACAUGUUAGAGAGGCUCAAAACACAGCAAACGGGUAAUAGUUUAUACGCUCAGCUUUUGCUGGAGAUGGCUAAAGAUCGUGACGUAUUAGCUAACUUUGAUGCUAAAGUUGAGGCGACUUAUCCAGAAAGCGCGGUUUCGUGGGAAAGCGCUUGCUAG